AUGAAGGUCCUAAAAAAGGCAUCAAUUGUCACGAACGCGAAAGAUACAGCUCACACUAAAAGUGAGAGAAAUAUACUGGAAAUGAUCAAGCAUCCAUUCCUUGUACAGUUACAUUAUGCUUUCCAAUCUCCUGGGAAGUUGUACCUAGUGCUGGAGUUCUUAGCUGGAGGUGAAUUAUUUAUGCAACUUGAAAAGGAGGGUGUGUUUAUGGAGGACCAAGCUAGUUUUUAUUUAGCAGAGAUAACACUUGCAAUUGGUCAUCUUCAUUCGAUGGGCAUUGUUUACCGGGACUUAAAGCCUGAAAACGUGCUCCUGGAUCACCAGGGUCAUGUGAAACUAACAGAUUUCGGUCUAUCUAAAGAGCGGGUUGAUCGCGAUAAUUUAACCCAUACAUUCUGCGGGACCAUUGAGUACAUGGCUCCAGAAAUACUUCUGCGUCAGGGUCAUGGAAGAGCCGUUGAUUGGUGGAGUCUUGGUACGCUUAUGUAUGAUAUGCUAUCUGGGUCUCCUCCCUUCACAGGUGAUGACAGAAGACAAACUAUUGAUCUGAUACUACGUGGUGAUUUUGUCCCUGUACCUUAUUUAAGCCGUGAAGCUGUAUCACUUAUAUCCAAGCUGUUGGUUGUAGACGUUAGCAGACGCCUGGGUUCUGGACCAUCGGAUGCAGAGGCGAUUAAAAUGCAUCCAUUUUUCUAUAACACUGACUGGGAUCGUGUGUUGAAGCGACAAGUUGAACCACCUUUUCGACCAACCUUAACAUCUGAUACAGAUGUUUCUCUCUUUGACCCAAGUUUGCCAAUAUCCGCGAUGGUUUCGGAUGUAUUUGAAGGCUUUACUUAUGUUGAUCCACAAAUCCAUAUUGAUAUGGCCCGUGAUCCGUGGGUAUCUACUUGGCAAAAUAGUUCACGUUCACGUCGGAGGUCCGGAUUGUCAUCUAGCAGCUCUCCAGGCUUUGUUGGGCAUACAAUUAUGGCAAAUACCAACACUCUUAUGCAGGGAACUGACAUUCCACAUAUCGGAACUCCUCAUCCUGAACAGUUGCAGUCCAACUUGCCCACGCAUCUCCCAAAUCCCAUUCACACUUCGGUCCCAACGCAACCGCAACAGCCCUUCGUUUUUGCUGAGGAUUUUGAGGAUAUGGAUGUCGGUAGUACCAACUUGACAUUUAGAAGCAACCCUUUUGACUAUCAGCCAGCAUCUAAUAAUACUGUGAAUAUACCCAGCGAUGCUUCCGCAGGGCUUAUGCAUAGUUUACCUUUUAUAGGAGGUCAUCGGACGGAGAAUAGCCAUAUGAUGGAGACUGGUGUUUGUGAUACCUAUUCAACACGUGCAGGUGAACACAUGAAUGGUCUAGUCUCGAAGCCACUUGACACUCGCAUAGUACACAAAUCAAAUUUAGCUGCUGCUCAGGCAUCGGCACUUGCUGCAGCCGCACUUGCUACUUCAUCUCGUUUGGCAGGUUCUUCUAAUUCUUCUUUGAAAAUGAAGCGAUCAUUUCCCGAAGAUACAAAUUCAGGACAUAAUUUGCUACGUGAAUCUACUUCAGAGUCAGGUUCAACUCCACCUAGCAGUAAACGUUUGAUCUCAGCUGCAUCUGAACCUGUCUCCUUCAUUCGUAUCACGUCAUUGGAGGAGCUUGACAAGCGCUCAUUACAACUUCAGAAUAAGAAACUAUGGGAAGCUUUGAUGGAACGUCGUGCUGCCAUUAGUGAACUGAAAGAACGUAUUGAACAUUUGGAAAACCGUCAGACUAAGGAUGACGCACUACUUUGUGUGGUCAAUCGAUAUUGGAAUCAGUUAGACGAAGAUAGCCUGAUAAUGCUGCAACGUUUCGACUCAGAUGCUGAGGAAGAAAUUACAACGUCUACAGAGUCGUUUCUCAAGCAGUUGGCUUCAUGGGACAAAGAAGAAGUUCCGGAUAAACUGCAAGAACGAGUGCAUUUCUCCAAGCGGAUUAUUGCUCGCCUCUUAGCGACUUAUGAAAAGAUGGUUACUCAUCAAAUUCGAUUGCGUCAACUACUUGGGACUUCUACUGAGGGUGGAUCCACUUCUACAACACCUGAAACUCAUAGCACACAGACACAUUCUGGUUCAUCGGUUCCCUUAAAUGUACACAAUGUUGAACCUUCUGAACCUGACUGCAGUAGUCAUCCAACUUCAUCUCAAGAAUCUGCUUCUGCUUGUAAUAAACUUAAUGUGAAAGAGUUACAAGAGGAAAUAUCCCUUUUGAACAAAGAAAAUUGUCGUCUUCAGACUCUUUGUACUAAUCUACAUUCCAAACACAGACAAAGCAGUCUUCGUCUACGUGAAUUGCAAGAUUUAGCCCAAACUAAUAGUGAUGCUGCAGCAGAAUGGCAAGCAAAGUAUGAAGAUUUGGACUAUAAACUCGCAGAAGCAAUGAAACAGGUAACUCGUUUGGAUCAUCGUUUGUAUGAAGCACAAGAACAAAACAAGAAAAUGGAAGUUGAGUUGGCAACUCUCAAAUGUUCAGAUUCCCCAGGUCGUGAAGAUCAUUCUAAUACCGGUGGAUCAGUUACAAAAAACAAGUAUAAUGAUCUAGCUUGUGAACUGGAGGAGUACCGUGAACUUGCAAAUAACCGUACCAGCGAACUGGAACGUCUUCAGCGUUAUCUAGAAGACAAAGUUGCUGAAUGCGCCUCACUUAGUAUGCAAUUGCGAGAUAUUCCAGAGAGCAUAAUUCUAGAAUCUCCACAGUACGUUUCUUUGAAAACACAAUUCAACAUUCUAUACAAUGAAGCCAUACAGCUAAGAAGCCAGCUAGAAGAAGCCAGAAGUACUAUUCAGAAUAACAGACACAGUCAUUUGAAACAAAUUGAAGAAAUGGAGGCGAAUGAAGCAGCGAUACAAAAUCAAAUGCGUUCUGAAAUGCUUUUAAUAGAAGGACAAUAUUCUCAAUUGAGGCACAAGUAUGAAACCAUGGAACUUGAUUUCAAACAAGCUUUGACUCAUAACGAACAAGCAGGUCCUAUCAGCUGCGAAAUGCGGAGCCUAAUUUCUACACUACAAACACAAAACAAGCAACUAAAAGCUGAGGUUGCUCGAUAUCGUCGCAAAUGUGAGGAAACUAUACAGGAGCGUGAAAUGAUACGCGCUGAUUUAAAAUGCACAGAAGAUGAGUUGGCUCACGUUCGUACUGCACUUUCAGAAGCCACUGCAGCUGUUAUCGCUGCUAGCGAAAAGUCAUACCGGUCGACACCGUCAACUCCUCAAAGUUCAAGUGUACCUCAGGCUUCAAAUCCAUCCAUACCAGAUGUUGCUUCGCCAGCUGGUGAUUCCGAGGUUAAGUCAAAAAUGUCAACGUCAGUGAAGCUAGAAGAAGGUAAUCACCAGAAAUAUGGUUCUCCAAGUUCGUCUGCUGCACGUUCAACAGUGUUUAGUUCAAGCUCCAACACUAAUGUGACACUGAGUGAAAAAAGUUUCAAAACCGAAUGUGUUUCUGAGGCUCGAACAAAUAUCUCAUGUUCAUCACCAUCUAGUGAACUUAUUCGCGAUUUAAAAGAACAAUUGAAGCGUUCACAAGAAUCACAGAAGGAAAUGUCCGUACUUCUCAAUAUGUAUAAAGUAAUUCCUAAGGAUCAAAGAGAUAAAGCGGCUCUUCUUCAGUGUGAAGCGAAACUUCGUGCUGAGCUUUCUGAUGCCAGAAAUGAGAUUGAUAAACUUCACAGUACGAUCCGAGAGUUUCAAGCACAACAGGUAAAGAUACAGCAACAUCGAAAACCAGUACUGUUGUCUCCAAACGAAACUACUCCAAAAAUGUCUCCUGCUGAACGUGGAUUAACUAGUGUUGGAAGUAUCCCUCCAUCUCCUAAGCCAUCCAAAGUUUCUCCAGAUGAGAAAAGUACUAAUAUGUCUAUCGGUUCUUGUGCAAAAUCCAAACUUGCUGCUUCUGAUUGGCAAAUAUCAGAGCUACAAAUGGAACUAUAUCUCGUUCGACGUAAAAGUCAAUCCACUGAAGAACAGUUAAAACUGCAUCAACAGAGGCUUGCGGAUGCAAAGCAACAAGAAGAUGUAGUACUUAAAGAAAUGGAAAUCACUGUUCAGGCUUUUGAAGAUGUACAGGAGCAGAAUGUUCGUCUUGUUAAAACACUAAGAGAAAAAGAUGACGCGCAUUUGAAGUUAAUGGCAGAACGAAUGAAGACUGCUCAGCUUGCUCGUUUACUGAAGGAGGACAAACAACUUUUGGAAGAGCAAAUACGCUUGAUGCAAGCAAAGAUUGAAGCACUAAACAGAGCAGUUCUUAAGCAGGAAGAAAAAGAACGUUUACUGUUAACAAAUUUGGCAACUCUAGAGAAGGAAGCGUCCGCCAGACAAAAGUCUCAAGAAGCUUAUAAGCGUAAGGCUUUGGAAAGUCAGCAGGUUUCUGAAGAUCUAAGGGUCACUGUUCAGAAGUAUCAGAGUCAACUGAAAGAUGCCCAGACCACGGUUCAAGAGAAAGCUUCCGCAUUUGAACGUGUUUCUUUUGGUCAUCAACGUCUACAAGAAGAACUUGUGACUGUGCGCAGGAAAUAUGAACGUUUACGCAAGAUUGAACAGUCUCAUAAUGCUGACGAAUUCUUAUUGGCUGAAAUUCAAGAUUAUAAGGAAUUUUUAAAUCGUAUUUCAUUGACUUACCUUAUGUAUACACUGCAACUUCUAAUACCUUUGGAUCUCAAAAUGAUAUGACUGUUGGAUACCAAUUUUAUCAGUUUGGUUAUUAUUGCAAACUACCGGCUUAUAGUAAAAAUACUACUCAUUGCUUUGUUCAUGAAUAGGCAUCUGAAAAUGUGACAAUGAUGCUGCUGUUGUGUUUUCAUUAUUAGCGUUAUUUCCUUCAUAUCACUUUAUAUCUGUUAUAAUUUUAUCAUUGUUAUGUAGCGUAUAUUUUAUUUAUCCAACAUUGUACUUACUUCUAUUAUUUCAUUUUCGUAACAUUUUUCAUAUCAAGAUGAUUUAUCGCACUAAGCAACGCCUAAUUUUAUUGUUGAUAUUAUAGGAACAGCUAACCUGUCCAACAUGCAAAAUCAAUCGAAAAGAUGCCAUCUUGACGAAAUGUUUUCAUGUGUUCUGUUUGAACUGUUUAAAAGUUCGUUAUGAAACACGUAAUCGUAAAUGUCCCAAAUGCAACGCUACCUUCGGUGCCAAUGACUAUCAUCGUAUAUAUCUGACUUAAUUCACUCACUUCAUCAUUGAGUGUAUAACUUGUUUCAAAAACACUUUAAUUUUGUGAUGUAUUCUCUAAUAUAAUGUAUAUAGUUUAAGAACACAGUGCUUCCAUUCACUCCUGUAUAUACUUUUGUUCUCAAACAAUGAACAGCUUAAAUUUUCUUUUAUUUCUUCCUCUUCUUCAUAUUUGUAUACGUCCUUGUUUAGAUAGGUUGUUUUUAAGCUAGUCAAACAUUUAAAUAGUAGCAUUUAACAAUAUCACUUUUAAAUUGUGCU